GUCGCGCGCGCCGAGCCCGCCUUCCCGCCUGAGGCCCGCCAGCAGCCGGAGGAGGCAGCCCGAGACAGUUAAGAACAGGUCCAAGAAAAGCUCUAAGAAGGUAAACAGUGGCGGCGGCGGCAGCAAGUUACCUCCCGUUUGCUAUGAAAUCAUUACCUUGAAGACUAAAAAGAAGAAGAAGAUGGCUGCUGAUAUUUUCCCCCGAAAGAAGCCAGCUAACAGUAACACAGCUGCUGUCCAGCAGUACCAUCAGCAGAAUAUCAAUAACAACAAUAUUAUCCCUGCUCCCAACUGGCAAGGACUGUACCCCACUAUCCGAGAAAGAAAUGCAGUGAUGUUCAACAACGACUUGAUGGCCGAUGUUCAUUUUGUGGUUGGGCCGCCAGGUGGGACCCAGCGGUUACCAGGACACAAAUAUGUCUUAGCUGUUGGGAGUUCUGUAUUCCAUGCCAUGUUUUAUGGAGAGCUUGCAGAGGACAAAGAUGAAAUCCGUAUACCAGAUGUGGAGCCCGCUGCUUUCCUCGCUAUGCUGAAGUACAUAUACUGUGACGAGAUUGACUUGGCCGCUGAUACGGUUCUGGCGACUCUUUACGCUGCCAAGAAAUACAUCGUUCCCCAUCUGGCCCGAGCCUGCGUCAACUUCCUAGAGACGAGCCUGAGUGCAAAAAACGCGUGCGUGCUGCUCUCCCAGAGCUGCCUGUUUGAGGAGCCAGACCUGACGGAACGCUGCUGGGAAGUGAUUGAUGCCCAGGCGGAGCUGGCUUUGAAGUCCGAGGGGUUCUGUGACAUUGAUUUUCAAACCCUUGAAAGCAUUCUCCAGAGGGAGACCUUGAACGCCAAAGAGAUUGUGGUUUUCGAAGCGGCUCUCGGUUGGGCCGAAGUAGAGUGUCAACGGCAAGAAUUACCGGCGAGCAUAGAAAAUAAGCGCAAAGUCCUGGGGAAGGCGCUCUAUCUCAUUCGCAUCCCUACAAUGGCACUUGAUGACUUUGCCAACGGCGCCGCUCAGUCUGGCAUUCUGACCCUCAACGAAACAAAUGAUAUCUUUCUUUGGUACACGGCUGCCAAAAAGCCAGAGCUGCAGUUUGUGAGCAAUGCCCGGAAAGGCCUCGUUCCACAGCGUUGCCACCGUUUUCAGUCUUGUGCCUACCGCAGCAACCAGUGGCGUUACAGAGGCCGAUGUGACAGCAUCCAGUUUGCGGUCGAUAAGCGCGUUUUCAUUGCUGGCUUUGGGCUCUAUGGCUCCAGCUGCGGAUCUGCAGAGUACAGCGCCAAGAUUGAACUCAAACGCCAAGGUGUUAUCCUGGGGCAGAACUUGAGCAAGUAUUUCUCAGAUGGAUCUAGCAACACUUUCCCAGUGUGGUUUGAGUAUCCUGUGCAAAUUGAACCCGAUACCUUUUACACCGCUAGCGUGAUUCUGGAUGGCAAUGAACUCAGCUAUUUUGGACAGGAAGGGAUGACAGAGGUUCAGUGUGGGAAAGUAACUGUACAGUUCCAGUGCUCUUCAGACAGUACCAACGGCACUGGGGUUCAAGGAGGGCAGAUCCCAGAGCUUAUCUUUUAUGCCUGAAAGAAGAGGGAUAUCGCAAGGGAGAGCCAGGUUUCAGACCCCAAUUGAUGCUUAGCUUGUUGUCUGCAGAUACGUGAUCAGUUCCGUGAGGCACAGUGGCAGAUGCCGAAAAUGGUACCACUCAUUUCUCAAAGUAAUAUAAAUAUUGGGAUGCUGGUUACUUCCAACAAGAGAAGAGAAGCAAAGGCCCCGCUCUGUGAGAUGUGGAAUGCGGCCGCUGCAUCUGAGCUGCCUUAAGAUGGCCAAGAAGCCUCAGAGUUGCCCAUUCCAAACGUUUUUGUUUUUGUUUUAAAAUGAGGUGAGUUUGGGGUUUUCCAUGUAUGAAACUGGCUGGUUUACAAUGGAUAAAAAUUGGAAUGAUUUAAAACGUUUUUAAAAAAUUCACACUUAAGGUAUGUACUGCAGAGAUGCUGAAAGAUUUUUCUCUGCAGCUGGAUCUGAAAAACCUUUCACAAGCGUUUCUGCCUAGUUUGAGAAUCUCAAUGCAGUAGAGUUGCACUGCAGUCCAGUACAGAGUUACUCUAAGUCCAUUAAUGCCGGUGAGCUUAGACGGGAGGAACUGUGCAAAGGACUGCACUGCAGGUGAUGUUUCUGUGUCAUUAAAUACGUGUAUUCUUUCUGACUGGUAUAUUUUUAUCUUGAGUGUUUCAAAAAAUGGGAUAUGAAGCCUGCUAACCAUCGCUGCUGACAGUUUUCAGUUUCAAUCCCUUAGAAAAUGCAAUUAAAUCUGGAGCUGCUUCUAAGAUGAAUGACUGAAAAGUAGCUCUAGGAUCAAAAGCCAGAGCACUAAUAAGAGGAUGGUUAGGUUUCUUUCUUUUCUCUUUUUUUUUACUUGCCUCUAAAGAAUGUGAAGAACUAACAGGGUAACCUGCAUUUUUUAAGGUGCUGCAGAAACUAGAGUUGAUAUAUGUAGACAAAGAUCUGAACAUCAAAUAUUACUCUGCUAAUGUCAAUUGGAACAUUUAUGGGGAAGCUAGUGGCUGGGACUGAAAAUUUGCCUAAACACCAGUCAAUUGUUCUCCUCCAGAGAGCAACCCAGUGAGAACUGGAGGCGCAGACACCCUCCCUGAGUGCAGUAGCUGACUCCAGGAUCCAUCCCUGGCUGAAAUGGGGGAGACGUGCAGUUUCAACACAGUUGGGAUGUUUCUCUGAAUAUCCAACCUUGUAUCUGAGGACAGAAAUUACUUUAAGAUGAACAGAUUAACAAAUUAAUGUUGAUCAGCAUCUCUGAUACGUAGAAAAGGUUUCUCUUUUAUGUUCUGUGGGCGAAAGAGUGAUUUACUUAUUCAGCAGGGAAUCUCUAUGCAGGCACACAGCAUUGCUCAUCAUAGAAAAAGGAACGGGAGAUUUUUGCACACAUGGAGAUUCUCUGUCACAUCCCAGACCUUUGCCUGUUAAAUAUACAAAGAGGUGUCUCAUACUGGGCAUAUGGAAAUACUAGUUAUCUUAAAACAUGUGUUGAACUUUAACAAUACUGUUUAAGUAGUUGCUGCUGGCCACACCAUAAUGGAAACCUUUACCCACAUGGAAACGGAUCAGGGCUUUAAUUAGGUGCCUGUGUGAGCCAUAGCUACCCAAAAUAGGUUAGAUUCAUUAUGGUCAAAGUUACGUGUUUGUGGAUAGUAUCAAACUAUCUACCUGGAGUAACUCAGUAGGAUUAGAGGAUUGCUUCCAAGUAAGAGCCCUCUAUCUAAACAGAAACUUGGUUCUAAAUGUAUGUAUUUCUGAAUUUAUUGGUUUAUGUUUCUAAUAUGACCAGACAUACCUGUCUGAAGCAUAACAGGAGCUGAAAAAUGAGAAAAUUUUAGAAAUGCCACUUAAAUUACACGUAACAUCAUCUUACAUGAUGAACUGAAGGGAGAAGGAAGCUUUACUGGAUUUGUGGUGUAAUAUACUUUAACAUAUCUGACAUAAGUAUUUAAGUAAAUGUUCUAAUUUCUACAGUAAUUGCACUGAACUGAAAAAUGUUUAAACUCUGUUAUUUCAGACACAACUGCAUCCAGGUGUGGUUGGAAUAUUGCUCAACUAUAGCAACUGGUGGCAUUAUUUAUGAAGGACAGAUAUAUAAAUAUGAAGUACCUCAAGUUGAAUGUUAUCGUACUGUAUCUUUAACGUAACAGUGCAGAAUUUUAGUAGACAUAUGAAUGUGUAUAAUCACAUUUAAAAGAAAUAAAAAUUAAACCAAUUCUUA